AUGGCGCCAUAUGUGGAGGAGCCCGCCGUGGAGGCCUCCCUCGUCGCGCCCGCCAAGAGGGCACCGGCAAACCUGGUGGCCCCAGAACCAGAGCACUGUCCUGGUCCCGAGUCCGAGCAAGCAGGCCAAGGCGAUGCCUGCGCCGGCUGUCCAAACCAACAAAUUUGUGCUUCCGCGCCCAAAGGCCCCGACCCGGACAUCUCGAUUAUAACUGAGCGCCUCUCGCAAAUACGGCACAAGAUCCUGGUGUUGUCGGGCAAGGGAGGAGUGGGCAAGUCGACCUUCACGACUCUUUUGGCGCAUGGGUUCGCCGCGAACCCGAGUUCGACCGUCGGCGUCAUGGACACCGAUAUCUGCGGGCCGUCGAUUCCCAAGAUGAUGGGUGUGGAGACGGAGACGAUCCAUGUGAGCAACGCCGGAUGGAGCCCUGUGUGGGUGACGGAUAACCUGGGCGCCAUGAGUGUGCAGUUCAUGUUGCCCAACCGUGACGAUGCGGUGAUUUGGCGCGGGCCCAAAAAGAACGGAUUGAUCAAGCAGUUCUUGAAAGACGUGGACUGGGGCGAGCUUGACUACCUGAUUGUGGAUACGCCUCCUGGCACAUCGGACGAGCAUUUGUCGGUCAACUCUCUGUUGAAGGAAUCCGGAGUGGACGGUGCCGUCGUUGUGACUACCCCGCAAGAAGUGUCCUUGCUGGAUGUCCGCAAGGAAAUUGAUUUCUGCCGCAAGGCUGGUAUCCGGAUUCUCGGGCUGGUGGAGAACAUGUCUGGGUUUGUUUGCCCGAACUGCACGCACGAGUCGCAAAUUUUCCGCAAGACCACGGGCGGCGGCCGCCGGCUGGCCAAGAAGAUGGGCAUCCCAUUCCUCGGCGCAGUGCCCUUGGACCCUCGGGUUGGUAUGGCGUGCGACUUUGGCGAGAGUUUUGUGGAUAACUUCCCCGAUAGUCCGGCAUCCAAGGCUAUCAAGCGUGUUGUUCGCGCUGUGGGCGAGUCAGUUGGGGAAAACCCAGAUGAUGUUCUUCCCGAGGAUAUGGCCGAGUGA